CGGUUUACAUCCGUCCCCGAAAGGAGCCCUCCGCCCCGCGGUGCCGUCCGUCCAGCCAGCCCGACCCGGUUCUACAACUUAGCACCGUGACAUACCCCUAUAGUCAUCCCCACGUAGUCACUUGGUAUACAAGACAAAUAGACCAGUACAGAAGUGAGAAGGAAACCGAUUCCUUAGGAUUUAGGCCAUGUAGGAUCUACUUUUCGGGACCCAACUCCAGGUGCUGACAGUCUUAGGUUGCUCCGCGCCCGUUGGCUCCAGAUUCACCGAAUAUUUGGAUAUUUUCUGAUAAACGUGGCGAUUGUUGGAAAGCAAACAAGGAAUACCGGGUUCAGGCCUUCAGGAUUUUGUGCCACUGACUAAGCCACUCCACAGUUAGUUGUGGUGUUGCGGUGUACACGGGUAGCUAACAGCACAGCACCAUGACGACUGACAUCAACCAACGCUGGGGGGAGACGGUUCAACACGACAUCGAUGACUGGGACGAGAACAGUUCCGCUCGUCUCUUCGAGCGCUCCAGGAUCAAAGCCCUGGCCGAUGAGCGUGAGAUGGUCCAGAAGAAAACCUUUACCAAAUGGGUGAACUCACACUUGGCCCGCGUGAACUGCCGAAUCACAGACCUGUACACAGACCUGCGGGACGGCAGGAUGCUACUCAAGCUUUUGGAGAUACUCUCUGGAGAAAGACUGCCAAGACCCACCAGGGGGAAGAUGCGUAUCCACUGUCUGGAGAACUGUGACAAGUCCCUACAGUUCCUGAAGGAACAGCGCGUACAUCUGGAGAACAUGGGCUCCCACGACAUCGUGGACGGCAACCAGAGGCUCACCCUCGGACUCAUCUGGACCAUCAUCCUUCGCUUCCAGAUCCAAGACAUCAGGGUGGAUGAAGAAGAGACCAAAGAGACAAGAUCAGCUAAGGACGCCCUGCUUCUGUGGUGCCAGAUGAAGACUGCAGGGUACAACAAUGUGAACAUUACCAACUUCACCAGAAGCUGGAGUGACGGGCUUGCCUUCAAUGCCCUCAUCCACAAGCACAGACCUGACCUUAUUGAUUAUGACAAGCUUCAGAAGUCCAAUGCGAUGCACAACCUGAACAAUGCUUUCAACACUGCAGAACGCAACUUGGGCCUGGCUAAACUUCUAGACCCUGAAGAUGUGAAUGUAGAGUACCCAGACGAAAAGUCCAUAAUCACUUACGUAGUGACGUACUAUCACUACUUCUCCCAGAUGAAGGACCAACAAGUCAAGGGAAAGAGGAUCGGCAAGAUGGUCCAAAGUGCCAUUGACAAUGAGAAUAUGAUCCAAGAUUACGAGACCAUGGCGUCGGACCUGCUGAAAUGGAUCGAGCAGACUAUCGUGAUCCUGAACGACCGCACGUUUGCCAACUCUCUGCAAGGUGUCCAACAGCAGCUGCUGGCCUUUAACACUUACAGGACAGUGGAGAAGCCUCCAAAGUUUAUGGAAAAGGGAAACUUGGAGGUGCUGUUGUUCACCCUGCAAAGCAAGAUGAGAGCCAACAACCAGAAACCCUACACUCCCAAGGAGGGCAAACUUGUCUCAGACAUCAACAAGGCCUGGGAACGAUUGGAGCGUUCGGAACAUGAACGUGAGAUCGCCCUGCGCGAGGAGUUGAUGCGGCAGGAGAAACUGGAGCAGCUUGCUCGAAGGUUCGACAGAAAGGCCGCUAUGCGGGAGACCUGGCUAAGCGAGAACCAGAGACUUGUGUCACAGAUGCCAGUGACUUCCUCAGAGGGGUCUCGAGUCAAUCUAGAGGAUAACUUUGGUUUUGACCUGCCGGCGGUGGAGGCAGCCACUAAGAAGCACGAGGCCAUUGAGACGGACAUCAAUGCUUACGAAGAGAGAGUGCAGGCAGUCAUGCAUGUGGCUGAAGAACUAGAGACUGAGAACUAUCACGACAUUGAGAGGAUUAAUGCCAGAAAGGACAACAUCCUGCGCCUGUGGGCAUACCUGCUGGAGCUGCUGAAGGCCCGGCGUGCCCGGCUGGAAGCCUCCCUCAGCCUGCAGAGGAUCUUCCAGGAGAUGCUCUACAUCAUGGACUGGAUGGAUGAGAUGAAGGUACGUCUGACAUCUGAGGACUACGGUAAGCACCUGAUGGGGGUGGAAGACUUGCUGCAGAAGCACCAGCUCAUGGAAGCCGACAUCGCCGUGCAGGCCGACAGGGUCAAGGCUGUCAACGACUCUGCCGCACCUUUUGCAAGGCAGGAUGAUGAUGAGUACAAGCCAGCAGACCCCCAGAUUGUCGGUGAGCGGAUGUCCCACCUGGAGGCCUCGUACCAGGAGCUGGUGGCGCUCGCCGCGGACCGUCGCAGCCGCCUGGAGGAAUCUCGCAAGCUGUGGCAGUUCUUCUGGGACAUGGCGGAGGAGGAGGGCUGGAUCAAGGAGAAGUCUGCCGUCCUGGCUUCCCCCGAGAUCGGACAUGACGUCACUUCCGUCAACCUGCUGGUCAACAAGCACAAGGCAUUGGAGCGUGAGAUGCAGGCCCGGCGUGAAUACAUAGAUGGCGUUGUUGGAUCCGGCGAGGAACUGAUUGAACAGCAGCAUUUUGGUGCAGGGAAAAUCAGGACCCGCAUAAAUGAAGUGAAUACCCAAUGGGACGAUCUGGAAAAACUGGCCGAAAUCCGCAAGAAGCGCUUGCACAAUGCCGUGGAUCUUUACCAAUUCUUUGCUGAUGCUGACGAUGUAGAAAACUGGAUCCUGGACACCCAGCGGCUUGUUGGGAGCGAGGAUGUGGGCAGAGACGAGGCCAGUGUGCAGUCACUAAUCAAGAAACAACAGGCUGUCUCCGAGGAGCUGAACAACUAUCAAACUAACAUAAGCCAGCUUCACGAUCAAGCCAAAGGACUUGGAGAAGAGGAUCAACAGCUCAUACAUGACUUGCAAGACAAGAUAGCCGAAACAAAGGGGGAGCGGGAGUCUCCUGACGUUGAGAACCGCCUGGCGACGGUGGAUCAGCGGUACAAGGACCUGCUGGAGAUGGCCAAACUGCGCAAGCUCCGCCUGGAGGACGCACUGGCACUGCACAAACUCUUCACAGAGGCAGACGGAGUGGAAGCUUGGAUUGACGAAAAGGAACAGAUGCUGAACACCAUGGAGUUUGGUAAUGACAUAGAGGAGCUGGAGGUGGUACGCCACAGGUUUGAGGGUCUGGAGCAGGAGAUGAAUGCGCAGGCUUCCCGCGUGGCCGUGGUGAAUCAGCUGGGCCGGCAGCUACUGCAGAACCAACAUCCCAACUCCAACGAAAUCAUGGCUCGCCAGAACCAGCUCAACUCAAGAUGGGCAGCACUCCGAGAGCUGGUUGAUGCGAAGAAGGAGGACCUGAACUCAGCCAUGGGUAUCCAGAACUUCCACAUUGAGUGUAACGAGACCAUUUCCUGGAUCCGCGACAAGGCCAAACUGAUCUCGUCCACAGAAGAUCUGGGUAACGACCUGGCAGGUGUGAUGGCGCUGCAGCGUCGUCUGACAGGCAUGGAGCGGGACCUUGCAGCCAUCCAGGCUAAGCGAGUGGUAGAGAUGGUGAAAAAAGAACUGCCAUUGAUUGAAGAGAAGCUUGAUGCUCUGCAGAAAGAAGCAGACAAGCUGGCUGAGGAACAUCCCGAGGAGGCUGAUGCUAUCCGUCAGAAGAUCGCCCAGAUCCAAGACGUGUGGCAAGAACUCAGGGUCAUUCUGAAAAAGCGAGAUGAGGCCCUAGGAGAGUCUGGCAACCUGCAGAGAUUCCUGCAAGAUUUAGACAACUUCCAGGCUUGGCUGACACAGACACAGACAGCCAUCGCCUCAGAAGACAUCCCCAACAACCUAGCAGAAGCAGAGAAACUGAUGACACAGCAUGCUGCCAUCAAGGAAGAAAUUGACGGGUACGAGGAGGACUACGCCAAGAUGAAGGAGAUGGGAGAAAAGGUGACCAAUGGCCAGACGGAUGCCCAGUACAUGUUCCUGCGUCAGCGGCUGGGCGCCCUGGACGAGGGCUGGGAGGACCUGCACAAGAUGUGGGACAACCGACAGGAGAUGCUGUCCCAGUGUCUGAACGAGCAGCUCUUCCUGCGCGAUGCCAAGCAGGCUGAGGUGCUGCUGGCCCACCAGGAACACUUCCUAACCAAGCAGGACGCCCCCCGACGCUCGGGUAUGGACCAGAACUCCCUGGAGGCGGCGGAGAGUGCGGUGAAGAAACAGGAGGCCUUCAUGCAAACCAUGGAGGCUAACGACGAGAAGAUCAACCAUGUUUGCCAGUUCGCCAACCGGCUGGUGGACGAGAACCACUACGCAGCCGACAAGAUCAAGGGCAAGGCUGAUACUAUACAAGACAGACGAGAUGGCAACAGAAAAUUAGCAGACGAUAACCUUGAGAAGCUACGAGAUGCUCUACAACUUCAGCAAUUCCUACAAGAGUGUGAUGAAUUGGGCUACUGGAUCAAUGAGAAGUUACUGACGGCCCAGGACGCUCUGCCGGAGGGCACACGGAACCUACACAGCAAGUGGCAGAAGCACCAGGCCUUCAUGGCGGAGCUGGCUGCCAACAAGGACAGACUGGACAAGGUGCACCAGAAUGGCGACGAUCUGAUUCGCGAGAAACCGGAGACGGCGGACGUGGUGAACGACCGUCUGCGGCAGCUGCAGGAGCAGUGGGAUGAGCUGGAGAACACCACCCAGUCCAAGGCACAGAAGCUGUUUGAUGCCAACAAGGCCGAGCUGUUUGCACAGAGCUGCGACGAUGUGGACACAUGGAUCAACGACAUCGACACCCAGGUCAAGUCUGAGGAGUACGGCCAAGACCUGACAAGUGUCAACAUCUUGUUAAAGAGACAACAGCUCCUGGAGAAGGAUGUUGAUAUCAAGCGUCAGCAGAUGUUGGAGCUCCAGAACCAAGCAGAGGUGUUGAGGAACGAGGGCAGCAUCGUGGAUGAAGUUGAUGGGAAGAGAGUGCAGGUGGAGGAGAGUCUGGCCAGCUUGGCUACCUCUGAGUCGGUGAAGGAACGGUUUUCUCAGCUGGAGGGACCACUGUCCGAGAGACGGAAAAUGUUGGAGGCUUCCAAGGAACUCCACCAGUUUCACAGGGAUGUGGAGGAUGAAAAGCUGUGGGUAGCAGAAAAGAUGCCCCAGGCCACCUCCCGGGACCAUGGCAACAGUCUCCUUAAUGUGCAGACACUGAUGAAGAAGAACCAGUCCCUGAGAGCGGAGAUUGACGGACACCAGCCGAGGAUCGACGAGAUUUGUGAGCGCGGACAGGCCAUGGUGAGCAGGAGCCACCCCAGCUCGGACGCCAUCGAGCACCAGAUAGAGGACAUGCAGAACCAGUGGGCGGUCCUCAUCGACGAGGUGGACGCUCGCAAGCUGCGCUUAGAGGAUUCGGAGAAGGCACAACAGUAUUACACUGAUGUGGCUGAGGCAGAGGCAUGGAUGAGUGAGCAGGAGCUGUACAUGAUGGCAGAAGACAGAGCAAAGGAUGAACCAAGUGCAAACGCCAUGUUGAAGAAACACGAGGGCAUUGAGAACACCAUCGAGGACUAUGCGCAGACAGUCCAUGAGCUGUCUGAAACCAGUCGCAACCUUAUUGCAGAAAACCAUCCUGAAAGUGACCGAAUAGCGACACGACAGGCACAGAUUGACAAGCUGUACGCGGGCCUGAAACACCUGGCGGAGGAGAGACGGGGCAAGCUGGACGAGACGCUGCAGCUCUUCCUACUGAACCGUGAAGUGGACGACUUGGAACAGUGGAUUGCAGAGAGAGAAGUGGUGGCAGGAUCACAUGAGCUGGGACAGGACUAUGAGCAUGUUACAAUGUUACAGGAUCGCUUCCGAGAGUUUGCGAGGGACACGGGGAACAUCGGGUCCGAGCGCGUGGCAGCGGCAAACGAGAUAUGCGACAAGUUGAUUGACCAGGGCCACUCUGAUGCGGCGACCAUCGCAGAAUGGAAAGACGGUCUGAACGAGGCCUGGGCGGAUCUCCUGGAGCUCAUUGACACAAGAACGCAGAUGUUGGCAGCAUCUUACGAGCUCCACAAAUUCUACUAUGACUGCAAGGAAGUCCUCGGCAGAAUACAGGAGAAGCAGCAGUCCAUGUCUGAAGAACUUGGCCGUGACGCUGCCAGCGUUACAGACCUACAGAGGAAGCACACAACGUUUGAAGCCGACAUUCAGGCCAUUGGAUCGCAGGUCGUCGCAGUCCAGGAGGAUGCCAACCGACUGAAGUGUGCGUACGCCGGCGACAAGGCCAAGCAGAUCGAACAGCGCGAGGCGGAGGUGCUGGAGGCAUGGAACAACCUGAACAUGGGUGUGGAGGGCCGCAAGGUCAAGUUGGGCGACACCCUGGAUCUUCAUCGCUUCUUCAACAUGCAGCGGGACCUCAUGCUCUGGAUGGAGGGGAUCAUCAGGCAGAUCAACACAGAUGAGAGACCUAGAGAUGUGUCAGGCGUGGAACUACUGAUGGACAACCAUCGCAGUGUGGAAGCGGAGAUCAAUGCUCGUGACGAGAGCUUUGCCGAGUGCAUCCAGUUGGGCAACAGUCUGAUUGAGAGGCAACAUUAUGCCUCCAAGGAUGUGGAGGAGAAACUGGUGCAGCUGAAGGAGGAGCGGAAGACUAUGGUGGAUGCCUGGGAGAGAAGAUGGGACUUCUUGCAGAUCAUGCUUGAGGUAUACCAGUUUGCUAGAGAUGCCACGCAAGCAGAGUCGUGGCUAAGUGGUCAGGAUGCUUACCUCGGGAAGGACUACCUUGGAGAUUCCGUGGCUGAGGUGGAGAAAUUGAUCAAGAAACACGAGGCAUUCGAGAAAUCCACGGGCACACAGGUGGAGCGCUUCACAGCCCUGGAGAGACUUACCACCCUUGAGCUACGGGAAAAGAAGAAGUCAGAGGAAGAGGAUUUCCGCCGCACACAUCCAGAGAGCCCCAAAGCUGUGUCACCACCAAAGUCUCCAGAAAGCCAUGACUCGGACGACGAGGCCACCUGGCAGGCUUCGCCCGAACCGCAGGUUGUCCAAGCCUCCUUCCAGCAGCAUGCGCUGGAAACUGACCUUGACUCUGCCGAGGUCGCGCAGCACCACGUGUCGUUUGCGGAGCCCGGGUCCCCGAUGUGGGUUGAGGUGCACGACACCCCCGUGGAUGACGAGCAUGACCCCUCCUCACACCUGGAUGUUUCCACUGACAUUGAUACUGACCCUGAGACUAAUGUUGACAUUGGUGCCAGGGAGGAAGCCCAGGCCAUUGUGGAUGGCGAAGUGGCUGAGCCUGCUAAACCUUCCCCAGACCGACAGCAGCCCGUAGUGAAUGGCGAACAUGAGGCAGCACAGGAAGUGGCACCGGCUGAACCCGCUGUAGUGAACGACAGCGGAGAGCCAGCCCAGGCAGAACCUACCAUGGAGGGCAUGCUGCACAGGAAACAUGAGUGGGAGGCUCAUGCCAAGAAGGCCUCCAACAGGUCCUGGAGCACAGUUUACACUGUCCUACGUGAAGGCAUGCUCAGUUUCCACAAGGACCAGAAGGCCUUUUCCUCCAAUGUCACCUUCCAUGGGGAGGAACCCGUCACAGUGGUGGGGGGCACCUGUGAGGCAGCUACCAAUUACACCAAGAAAAAGAAUGUCUUCAGGCUUAAGUUGGCCAAUGGUGGAGAAUACCUAUUCCAGGCUAAGGAUGAGGAUGAAAUGAACUUCUGGAUUCACAAGAUAUCAAGCAUAGCAGAUGUAGGAGAGUCCAAGGAGCCGGCACGUGCAGCCACAUAUCCACCUACACGUGGGGAGGCAGGGGACUCCUCUCCCCAGGCACCCGAGAGGAAGAAGAGAGGGUUCUUUACUCUUAAGAAGAAAUAAAAAGUGCUAGUGCUUUUAACCACUAAGUUGCAUGUAUCGUGUACUAAGAAUCUCUAUAUAAUGUUAAAAUGUAAUGUCUCAAAUUUUAACUGGUAUGUAGCGAAUGAGGAGUUUACUGUUACAAGUCAUAGUGUAAACUGUACUCAGUGUCAAUCCUGUCUUCAGAUAAUUCUGGAACCAUUUUGUGGCUAUUACUGCUAUUACUGGAUGCUUUACGAGAUGUGAACAGAAUCCUGCUGUGAUUUUCGAGAACUACAUAGCAAUUUCUUCAUUAUUCAUAGUACUGGUUAAGAGAACUUAUGGAUCCAAAUAAAAAAGGUGCUGUAAGACUAAGAGAACAUGGUAAUAUAAGGUAAUGUCUGCCGCUUCUACAGUGUUGUUUCCCUUGCAUAUGCAAUACCCUUGUAGCAUUAGGGAUGUACCUGUGUAUGAACGUGCUGUCUGACAGUCAAUCAUUUAGAGGAAAGUAAGGACUCCACUAUUGGGCAGCAAAUCUUCAUGUUUUCAAGUUAGAGCAUGCCCUCUGGUAGGUGUUGAAGCAAUUGCAAUGCUUUGUUUAUUUGGAUGUUUGAUACACACCAUGCAUUGGCAGAGGAGACUGGUUUGUCACAAUCUGACUUUUCUAUGUGAUGUAGCAACGGAAAUGUUGAGGCAAGACUCUCGCUUCCGUCAACCACUGUCCAGGUUUUUUUUCUGUUUGUACAUGUAUUUUUGUUAGACAUAGAAGGCCUCGUACCCACUUCAUGUAAUUCUAUAAUCAAAAAUAGAAUUUUUUUUACUGUGCAUUCUCAGCUGCCAAGUUUGCUUGUCUUUUGUUGGUUGGUCAAGAACAAGAGAUUGUACUCUUGCAACUUUCAAGCUCACGCAUAAGUGUUGCAUAACCACUUGGGGCAAAAGACAAUAAGUGUUCAGAUAACCUGUGCUUGCUUUCCAGAAGAAAAUAAAUCUACAAAUUAGAAA